UAACACCAACCAGCAGGAGGCAAAUCGUUUGUUGGAAGCCCAGAUUACAGCACUGGCACAGGCUGCAGAGAGAGAUCGGCAGUUGCAAAUUGAGCUGGUAAAACAGCUGACAGCCAAGGUCUCUGGGGAUGCUGCUGUGGCCCCCGGAGUGCACUGCUCCAUUCCAGGCAGCAACCUCCUGCGGAGAAUGACUGGGCAGGAUGAUGUGGAGGCUUUCCUCUGUACCUUUGAGAGGACAGCAGAGCAGCAAGCCUGGUCGAGGGAGCAGUGGGCGAUGAUUGUUGCACCACUACUAGUGGGGGAUGCCCAGAAAGCUUUUUAUGAUCUGUCCUCCGAGGACGCCAAGGACUAUGACAAGUUGAAGUCUGAAAUCCUGCAGAGACUGGGGGUAACCACCUCUGUGAGGGCCCAGCGGGUCCACAGUUGGGACUUUAAGGUUAAGGGGUCACCGCGUUCCCAGAUGUAUGAUCUCAUUAACCUAGUGAAACGUUGGCUGCAGCCAGACUUGCUUUCCGGACCUCAGGUAGUGGAAAGGGUCACAAUGGACCGAUACCUGAGAGCCCUUCCCACAGAAUUACGGCGGUGGGUGAGCCAAUCUGACCCAAAUACAGCAGACCAGUUGGUGGAACUGGUGGAGCGAUACCUCGCUGCUGAGGACUUCACUACCCGGGCGGUGUCCACCCCGAAGAGGCUGUCUGCAGUUGUCCUACCCAAGAAGUCGGCUACAGUGGAGAGGCCCAGCGCAGAGGACCCCGGGAACCCAGGUUCAGAGUCAACAAGAGGAAGAUCUCGCGGAGACAGCCCACGCCAGACCCGCAGAGCUCCCCAGUGCUGGAGGUGCCGAGAGUGGGGACAUAUUGCCCCCAACUGCCCAGCUGAUCCAGAACCCAUGGAGUGUGGAACAGAGAGGAAGUUGUCUCUGUUCGCGGAUAGAUCCUGUUCGCAGGUGAAGAAGCUUUGGGGAGUUGGAAGACACUGUGUCUGUGAGAGAUUAGACUGCCCCCAAGGCAACUAUGAGAAGGAAGAUCCUUGA